AUGGCUUCUACUCAGGAUGCUCCAUAUGACCCCUACAUUCCCAGUGGCCAGGCUGGCGCUGCCCAACAGCAAGGCGGCAAUGCCAGGACGCAGGCGCUGCAAGCUCAAAUCGACGACACCGUUGGUGUCAUGAGAGAAAACAUCAACAAGGUAUCCCAACGUGGUGAGCGCCUGGACGCUUUACAAGACAAGACAGACAACUUGGCAGUCUCUGCCCAGGGUUUCCGCCGCGGAGCCAACAGAGUGCGCAAGCAGAUGUGGUGGAAGGACAUGAAGAUGCGCAUGUGCCUGAUCGUUGGUAUCAUCAUCCUCAUUCUAGUCAUUGUCAUUCCUGCUGUUGUCGCAACAAAGCAUUAG